AUGACCACCUCCAACCGAAUACCCAUCCACGUCUCAAACAACCGCGCCUUUGUAUGGCAAGUUGACCAUGUCGCGGAACUUCGCGCAAAACAUCAUAUCUGCGGCGUCCUGGGCGGCACCCUUCCUCAUUUAUCCCAACAAAAUGUCUUCCUCGGCCUACCGCUCAUCCUGAUGCCAGAAGAGGUCGUACUCCUCGUAGAAAAAGAGUUUGCAGUCCUCGUCGACGACCCCGAGGCACACCACGCACCUUCGCAUGAUCAGCUCGAGAGAUGGCAGGCCGAGUCUACGGCAGAAGUGCGUCUGCAAAUCGCUCGCUUGCAGCAGGAAGCGGGAGGGAAGGAGGGCAAGGCGAUGAGCGAGACGGCGAUCAGGAAGCGAAAGGAGCGUGAAGAGCGGCGGCGAAAGGCUGAGGAGCUCGCACGUCAGGCAGCACAGAACUCCCCGAUCGACGCCGAAUUAUCUGCAGGCCAAAACCUUCUAACCCAAGUGCCAGCUCCGUCAUCUCCGGCACCAUCGUCCGCCUCGCCCUCCAACCUCCCGUACACAGUGACCAUACCCACGACGUCCGACAGUUUGAGCUGGUAUGCCCCCGAGGAGCACGUUCACAACACCAUAGACUCUGCGAGGACGGCCGGGGUCUGGAGCUACCCUUCGAACGACGAAGAGCGCGCCAAAUGCGAGGUGUUCCGAGAUUUGUGGGAAAAGGGGUAUUACAUGGGUGGAGGGAGCAAAUUUGGUGGAGAUUGGUUGGUGUAUCCUGGUGACCCUCUGCGGUACCAUUCCCACUUUGCUGCCACUGUGCAGAGCUCUCCAACGGCUCCGAUGCGUCCCAUGGAAAUUGUCGCGCACGGCAGGCUCGGUACAGCUACGAAAAAGGCACACUUGCUGUGUGGGUGGAAUCCGGAGAGUAGAAAGGUCACGUAUCUCAGCGUUGAAUGGGCAGGGUUCGGUUGA